AUGCCGUAUCUGGAGAAUUUGGUCCUCGUCGACGCCAUCGCGCCUUCUUCCACAACACACGUUUCUCCCAUUUUGUUUCCUUACCUCUCCCGCCUUCGACUUCGCGCGAGGCUGGACGAUAUCUCAGCAUUUCUUUCUUGUGCCCAAUUUCCUUCUGGCUGUACUCUAUCUUUGACCUGCUACGACAUCCGCGAUGGCAGGGAAUUCCAGCGACUCAGGGAGGUAUUUUUGACUCGCUGGGCUUCCAGCGUCUCUCCAUCGGAAUGUAGCCCAUACUCCUCCCCCUUUAUCGUCGUCUCUGAUGGCCGCAACCUCACCGUCACCAACAAUCUGGUCAGUGGGGAGCACAGAUAUCACGAUGACGACGAUGGAGUCCCUCCCACAUCGACCCCAGUUGAGCAAACCCAAGCUCGACAAGCACAGUUCUAUCUUCAACUCUAUCCGAAAUUCAAAUUCGACCACUACUCGAAGCAUGAUUGGCCCAAACUCCUUUCCUCGCUUCUCAACUCCGACGCAAUGGUUAGCGUUAUCGCAGACGCGACGUGUUUCCAGCUCGGGUUACCGUUCAUCCCAAUCGUGCUUGUAGAAAGUCUCAAGAUGGCGAAGCGGGCGACUCAUCUGGUCAAUGUGGGAGAACUGGCGCUCGUGGCUCUAUAUCCUAUUCUUCGCCGCGAGUUGGCAUCCCCUUCUUCCUUUGGGAUGGGUGUUAUGACAGUCACCUCCCCAGGGUCCACCGACGACUGCAUUCUUCCAGCACUCAAGGUCCUUCGUAUCGAAGCACGCACUCUUCAUUCUCAUUACCUUCCCGUGGUGGUCUUGGCGCUUUCUCGACGCUCUUUGGGAUGGGGUGGAAUUAAGCGGAUCGUAGUUGGAGGGUUUGCAUUUGGGACUCAGGCGGGUGGGGAAGAGAGGGAAGAGAGAUUGCUGACGCGAGGUGCGCUAUUGGACGUACCAUGGGAAGUGAAUAGCCCUACCUUACGGACUCUAGCCGAGUAUGGCGUUCAAGUGUUCCACACCAGUUUGUAUUCAUAG